AUGGCGUUGCCUGGCCUUCAGAGCCACUACGACGAUGCAAAUCCUGCAGAUCAGGAACCAUUACCGCAGCUGGAUGAUAUCAAGGUUGAUUAUCAUCCUCACAGCCAGAUUCCGUCCACCAUUCAUCAUUUUGCCGAUUUCUCUCGCACACGUCCCACAGAAGCUUCAGUACCUCGGAAUCACGCACCAUGGGAACCAUUCCGAACACGGCUCGAUUUUGAGGUCGCGGAAAUCGCCCUUGAAGCUGCACUCAACACAGAUCAAACCAAUCGUCUGCUUAGUCUCGUUCACCGUUCCGCACUCCGGGAGUUGUGGUCAACCGCUUCCCAACGCUUCACUCUGUUUCAAGUUGAUGUAGUUUUGGUUCCAUAUAAAAACAAGGUGCACGAGUUUGAUAUGCACUAUCGUCCUCUUUGGGAAUGGGCUCUUGAUAUGUUGCGAGAUCGACGUCUUGCGCCGCACUUCGUAUUUGAUGCACAGCGCCUAUAUAAAUUCAAUGGUACGCGUUUUUCACGACUUCCACCUGAGGCAAAGCCUCUCGCUUUUAUAUUGUAUGCAGACAAGGCAAAAUUAUCCUCUUUCGGUACCCAGAAAGCCUAUCCGAUUGUUUGUCGGAUCACAAACCUGCCUGUCGAAAUCCGGAACGGUUGGCUGCCUAUUGUGUCAGAGGAUCCGGAGCAUGCAGGAAAAAGCAGCUUCAUGAACUUCAAGAAUGCCGUUUGGCACGAGUCCUUUUUAAAACUUUUAGAAUCCAUCAUACAGAUCUCGAGGACAGGAUAUUGGUUCGAGUGUGGUGAUGCCAUCCGGCGCCUGCUGUGGCCCUUGAUUUUGAUUCUGAGUGCCGACUAUGAAGAACAAUGUGUUAUGGCAUUGAUUCGCGGACUGAAAGGUAAAUUUCCCUGCCCGAUCUGCUUGGUUCCUCAAGACGAGCAAUCCGUCUUAUCUCACGAACUUCAAUUACGGACAAGCACUGAGUCUGAGGAGACCCUUCGGUUGGCCCGCGCGAAGAAAUCCAAGAAGGAGAGGGAAAACUUACUUAAAACUUACUCGCUGCGUGACGUUGAAAAUGUCUUCUGGAGAAUGCUGCUCACCGACAUUCACCGAGCGCUCUCCUUUGAUUGCAUGCAUGUGCAUCAUGGAGGGCUUUGGAGGCACCAUCUGUGGAAGGAGCUGCAGUUCUGGAUACUUGAAUUAGGCUAUGAUGCUUUUCUGCGGUGGUCUAACCUGACGCACUUCUCGAAGGUAGUUGGAGUUGAUUUCAAUGACAGCUCGCAUCACGAGGACAUAUCGAAGAUGGCUAUCUUUGCGGCGCAAAGGAUCCUCCGCCGUUCACAGAGUAAGCUUGGCUAUCUCCUUCUGCGAUGCAUACGCCACUAUAUCGAUCUCGACAUUUACGCUGGAUUUGAGGUUCACACUGAAGGUACAAUAUCUGCAGGAAGACAAGCUCUGCGGGAUUUUUCAGCGCUGAUGGAGGAGUAUAUUCUCAAAUCACAGCCUGUAACAGGCAAGGACUGGAAUUUCCCCAAGAAACACGCAAGUUCGCAUCUAUUCAACGAUAUCUUGGUGAAAGGCGCGACACGAAACUACAACACAAAACCGAACGAGAAGAUGCACGGCCCCGUGAGGGACAUCUACCACAAUCGAAUGAAUUUCAAGGACGUCGCUACACAGAUUCUUCGCUAUGAUCAUUGGUUACUAACCUCAACAUCAAUGCGCUCUGAACUUGACGAGUUGGACGAGUACAAUCGGAAAGCCAACCUCCCAACAACAGAAGAUGCAGACGCAGAAAAUCCUGCGAUUUCUGUGGCCCCAGCUCCCUGCACUCACAUAAAGUUAGGCUCGGCGCAAGGUGACAUCUCAUUUGCAAUCAAACUCAACGGCUUCCUGAACACAUUCUUCCCCAGUAACAACAUUCCUUUACCAGAUGGCAAGCACAUUCAUUUGCAGGCUGACAACAAGAUUACCGGAUACAAAUAUCUGCAAGUCAACUACGAGUCUAUGGUCAACUGGCACCAGUGCAGAGACCUCCUUCGAUGCAACCCCGAGUUCUUUGGAUCUCCGCGAUAUGAUUGUGUUAUGGUUCAAACCAACAAUCAACCAUUUUUUGCUCGCCUUAUCUUCAUGUUCGGUUGCUCGAUUGGCGAAACCAAUCUCUCACUGGCGCUCAUACAUCCAUAUGAUGUCGGAAUCAGUGUCCGUAGCAAGCAUGACACUGAGCUGGGACUAUGGCAUGUACGAGCCAAACCUCGGUCAUCUCCCGAAUUCAUCUCUGUAAGGUCGAUUAUCCGAGGGGCUGCGCUUGCCAGUGAUCCUGGGAGACAAGGCGAUUACUUCGUCAUUGACACGGUUGAUGCAGACAUGUUUCUUCGGCUCAAGUAUCUGCAAGCUUAA